UGCAACAAGAUGGCGGUCGUUCCAGAGAACAGAGUCCUCUCUUUCAGUGUUUUUAAAUGGAGCUCUUAUUCCUCCACAUAUUUACCAGAAAACAUCUUGGUGGACAAACCCAAUGACCAGUCCUCCAGGUGGUCGUCUGAGAGCAAUUACCCUCCACAGUACUUAUUGUUGAAAAUGGAAAGGCCUGCGAUCGUUCAGAGCAUCACCUUCGGGAAGUAUGAGAAGACUCACGUGUGCAACCUGAAGAAGUUCAAAGUGUUUGGUGGGAUGAGUGAAGAGAACAUGACAGAACUCCUGUCCAGUGGCCUGAAGAAUGACUACAACAAGGAGACCUUCACCUUGAAGCACAAGAUUGACGAACAGAUGUUUCCUUGCAGAUUUGUUAAAAUAGUGCCUCUGAUGUCUUGGGGGCCCAGUUUUAACUUCAGUAUCUGGUACAUUGAGCUGCAUGGCAUUGAGGAACCUGAUGUAGUUCAGCCCUGUCUUAACUGGUACAGCAAGUACCGGGAACAGGAAGCGAUCCGCCUGUGCCUGAAGCACUUUCGGCAGCAUAACUACACAGAGGCCUUUGAGUCGCUGCAGAAGAAGACGCGCAUCGCGUUGGAACACCAAAUGCUGACACACCUUCACGAUCGCCUGGUGCUCCGGGGAGACUUUGACGCCUGUGAGGAGCUCAUCGACAAAGCCGUCAAAGACGGUUUAUUUAACCAGUACAUCAGCCAGCAAGAGUACAAGCCAAGAUGGAGUCAGAUUAUCCCCAAGAGUAACAAAGGUACAACCGCCCAAGAGCCAAGCCCAGACGACAUGAACAGUGAGACAAACUACUCAAGUAAUGAGGAUGACAACAGACCAGGGAUGAGGGGAGGUCAUCAGAUGGUCAUCGACGUUCAGACAGAGACGGUGUAUCUUUUUGGGGGCUGGGACGGCACACAGGACCUGGCUGACUUCUGGGCCUACAGUGUUCAGGAGAACCAGUGGGUCUGCAUCUCCAGAGACACAGAGAAGGAGAGUGGUCCCAGUGCUCGGUCCUGUCACAAGAUGUGCAUCGACAGCCAGCGGCGGCAGAUCUACACACUCGGCCGCUACCUAGACUCCAGCGUCAGGAACAGCAAGUCUCUGAAGAGUGACUUCUACCGUUACGACGUUGACGCCAACACCUGGACACUGCUCAGCGAGGACACGUCAGCCGACGGCGGGCCCAAGCUCGUCUUUGACCACCAGAUGUGUAUGGACUCGGAGAAACACAUGAUCUAUACGUUUGGCGGUCGGAUCCUGAUGUGUAACGGCAGUGUGGAGGACAGCAGGACGUCCGAGCCCCAGUUCAGUGGGCUGUAUGCCUUCCACUGCCAGGCCGGAACCUGGAGCCUGCUCAGAGAAGACUCCUGCAACGCUGGGCCUGAGGACGUCCAGUCACGCAUCGGACACUGCAUGCUCUUCCACACUAGGAAUCGUUGUCUGUAUGUGUUUGGAGGUCAGAGGUCAAAGACGUACCUGAAUGACUUCUUCAGCUACGACGUGGACGGGGACCAUGUGGAGAUCAUCUCAGACGGAACCAAGAAGGACUCCGGCAUGGUGCCGAUGACGGGCUUCACCCAGAGGGCCACCAUAGACCCAGAGCUGAAUGAGAUCCACGUCCUGUCUGGCCUUAGCAAGGACAAGGACAAACGAGAGGAGAACGUCCGUAACUCCUUCUGGAUCUAUGAUAUCGCACGCAACAACUGGUCGUGUGUGUAUAAGAAUGACCAGGUGGUGAAGGAGAACCCCAGUAAGGCUCUGCAAGAGGAGGAGCCCUGUCCACGCUUCGCCCACCAGCUGGUCUAUGACGAAAUGCACAAGGUGCACUACCUGUUUGGAGGUAACCCAGGGAAGUCGUGCUCUCCUAAGAUGCGUCUGGAUGACUUCUGGUCCCUCAAGCUGUGUCGCCCCUCUAAGGAGUACCUGCUCCGACACUGCAGAUACCUAAUCAGGAAGUACAGGUUUGAGGAGAAGGCCCAGUCAGAGCCUCUGAAUGCUCUGAAGUACCUGCAGAACGACCUCUCUCUGACCGUGGACCACACCAACCCUGACGAGACCAAAGAGUUCCAGCUCCUGCCCUCGGCUCUCUUCAAGUCCAGCUCUGACUUCAUCCCUCUGGGUUUCUCAGACGUGGACCAGACGUAUGCCCAGCGCACGCAGCUCUUCGACACGCUCGUCAACUUCUUCCCGGACAGCAUGACCCCGCCCAAGGGUAACCUCGUUGACCUCAUCACACUCUAGUCCUGCCCCACAACCCUGCGCACCACCACCAUACGCCAAUAAGACUCACUGAUUGGCUGGCCCAAAGCCAAACUUAAUAUUUUUCUACACUUGACCCUUCCAAGUUCAGGGGUGCUCUGCUCGCGGACUGCACUUGUUGACCCCCUCUUUAGGAUGUUGGUUCUUCAACAGUGGUACUGAACUGAACUAAAAGGGCAAAUGAGGGUCAGACCACUUGCGAUUAAAGGGGUUGAUGCUAAAUAUCACUGUGUCAAAAAGGGAAAAAAAACACAAGUGUUUCCUAAGCCUGAUAGUCUUUAUUGAAUAAACUGAUUUAACAGGGCAAAAAUAACCCAGAACUCUGCCAAACAUAUCUUCUGUGUUAAUUCAUUUGAUUAGUGAGAUUUGUGACUUUUACAUGCUGCGUUUGAGUUUGCUUGGCAUUAGUAGCCUGUUAGAUCAAGGAGGAGUCUAUAUUGCUAUUUUUUCCCACUCUGUCUUGCAUUUCUCUCUCUCUCUCUGUCACACACAUGCAAACACACACAUACCUGCUUGCAAAAGUAGUUGUGUUACUUAAUGACACCCUGUCAGCGCUAUGUACGCUGAAUAUACCUUCAACCAAGUUCAUGCUUUUGUUUGCUUGCUCUGCCCGUAUUAUUGGCAGCCAUGUUAUAUACCCCAUAUUUAUAAUAAUGACGGCCAUGCUGUUAAUUGUGUUAUAUAGAAACAAUAGAAUAAUGAUCCUAAGAGACAAUAUAUAUAUAUAUAUGUCAAAUGAACUUAAAUCAAUUAAAUCCUCUAUCAAUGUAAAAAUCAAUCAUUUAUGGGUUGGGGGGAAACAUUGUUACGUUGUCAAAAGCCUGUGAUUCUGGUAAAGGCUACUGUAGCUUUAGUGUGACCAUGGAUCUGUCACUGAGGCAUGGUGGGAAAUGUAGUCUCCAAGUAUGAAUGUUAUUUUUUAAACUCAAACUCCCCGUCUUGUAAGAUAACUGCAAAAUGAUGGUCCGGCUGUAUCAGAGGGAUGUAUUUUUUUUAUGUACAAACACACAUCUAUACGCACAUGAUCUCAUUGGCAGGGAUGUAUCUUCCUUUGACGAUGUGAGGAGUUAUUUUAUGGGUAAAGGAAGAAUGAAUGAUGGCUUUCAUUGAGGGAGAGCCCAGUCUCCCCCUUCAGCUAUGACCUGAUUACUGUGUUCUCUCUGUUUCUUAUGGAAACAGUGAUGACUAGACAUUCUUCAUUUCCGACCUAAAGAAAUACAGAACACUACAUUUCAUUCUUACUCAGAAUAAGGCAGUAGGAGCAUUCACAAGUGAUCUCUAACACCAAGUUAUCAAAUGGUAUCUGUCUUGUGGCUCCAGCCAAAGUUUUGAUGUACAGGAAAUGUUUUUGAUUGUUUCAUAAUCAUUAUGCUGGAACUGAGGAUGCCCUUCGAUAUAGCUGACAUUUGUGUGUGUGUGUGUCCGUCAAAAUGUGUGUUUGUCUCGGAUAGCCAGGGUAUUUUGUCUAGUCCACUUGUGUAACAUAAUACAAACAUAUGCCUCAUAUUGGUCUUCCAUUAAUCUCAGUAGGAGAGAUGAUUGAAGUGAUCCUCCUUCCCCUCCUCAAGAACAGUAGCAGCCUAGUCUUCCAUUGCAUUGUAUGUAUUGUCUAUAUAUUAAAAAAUAAUUCUGAGACAGCUGUACAGUAUGCAGAGUACACUCUAGGCAAAGGCCUAUGGAGUCUGUGAAAUAUCCAUCCCCUUUGAUUUGAGAUCAAUCAACUCCACUAUCAGAGAUGGAGGGUAGGACUAUUCAUAUUCAAGGCGACAAACACUUAGUGCUUGAAUCCUGUCAAGGGUGGUAGAGCCAAACUUUAGAGAUACUUUGCCUUGUUAGAUCCUAUUUUGAAGUACUCAAUGAUUUCUCUGUUCGUUUGCACUCAUGUCCUCAGUAAUCAGUAUUAGCUUAAUUUGAAUCACAAUCAUUGAUGUGUGCGCGGUACACACACCUGAAUGCUUACAUUACAGUAUGUGAGCUUGAAACUUGUGUGUGCUUGUUUUUCUGUUUGCUAAUGUAUUUCUUCUGCUGCCAUCAUAUUAAGCUUAGUAAAUAUUAGCUCUCUGAUGAACUGAGAUCUAGAGAGAGAGAGGAGUGUCAUACUUACCAUCAUAGCUUUGCAAUAAAACCCGUUAUUUAGGAAGGAAUCCAUUAUUUAUGGUCAUUAUCACAGAAUAGAAGGCUUUUGCAAUGAUUACAUUAGUUUCUAUUUUGUGUCAACCCAAACAAAUAAGCAUAAGAAAACAUGAAUUAAUGAAGAAUGAAGCACCUUUGAAAAAGAAAAAAAUAUAUAUAUAAAACAAUGCCAAAUACUUUUUGUUUUGCUUAUUUUUGGGAGGGGAAGGAAAUCUUGACAUAAUUUUCAAAUAAAUGGAAUGUCAUUUUCUUCAUCUGCUGCCUCUCCAUUCUGCCCCUCUUCUCCACAACUGGAACUCAGGAGUAUGUGGGGUACUCUUGAGUGCGUGAAUGAGCACUACUCUGUGGAUAACGUGAAUUUGUUGAGAGCCUAUUGUAGAAUUGCGUUGUAUGUAAUGUACAUAACGAAUAAAGAUUUGUAUUUUGUUCAGGUUUUCAUAAAUAAAUGACUGGUCUUUGAUUUGUUUGCAACCGAGAACACAUGACAGGUCGUUUUGACAGUUGGGAUGCAAAGUUACAAAAGAUACAACACCUGUUUGAAAUAAGUGUGUUUUAUUGGAAAAUCUUUAUUGGUAUAAGAAAACAUGGCUGCACUGGUCAUGAUAGACGAGGCGCCGCUUCCAGUGUGUCAGACCCCCUGUUGUUUGGCUUCAUCAGCAAACAAACCAUAAAUACAUACAAUAACUGCUAAAUACUUUGGUGUAAAAGUUAAAGAAAUCUAAUACGAGAGAGCGACUGUACACAAUAACUAAUGACAAACAAUACAUAAUGUGUUGAAUAAGUGGUUGAUUGUUUGGUGUUGGUUGAUUUUACAGCUUAAAUAUAAUUGGGAAUUAUUGUGUCCAUGUGAAUUAUCCAUGAAUUUGAAUACGUUUUGCUAGAUAAUCACAUGGAUAUUUAAAUACAUUUCUAUUCAGUUGAUUUGACAAAACAAAGUAAAAAACGAAAAUGGGCUGAGGCCUAUGCUGUGCAGGCAUGUAACAAGUCAUCCCUUGUGUUUAGUUACCAAAUAACCGCAUAACCUUCAUCAGCAGACAAGAAACAUUUCUUUAGAGGCCAGCUUCCCUGAUACAGAGUAAGCCCA